CAGCGCGAAAGCUAUUCAGUCAAUAGCUCGUGAGUUGCCGUACUGGUCGGAUCGUACGUAUUCGACUCGACUCGACUCUAAGCUGAUCGUAUUGGUUUAGCUUUGCGCGAGUGAAACGUACGGGUGUCAUCGAGCUUAACAUUCUCAGAUUUGGAAGUUCUUGAACGUGAUGGGCCUGCUCUCAGAAGGCAAUCCCCUCAGUUGGGAGGAAACGAAAAAAUUGUCGGACCACGUGCGAAAACACGGAGUUAUUCAAUUUAUUAACCUGUACAAAAUACUUCGUGAUCGACAGGGUGAUGUACUUAAAUGGGGGGAUGAGGUGGAAUAUAUUCUUGUCAAAUUUGAUGAUGACAAGAAAACUGCGAAGGUCAGCUUGAGAGCAGAGGAAAUUUUAGGUGUACUCAAUGCAAAAGAACAUGAAAAUCCAACUGGUGUAAAGUCACUUUGGAGACCAGAAUUUGGUGCAUACAUGGUUGAAGGAACACCAGGAAAACCUUAUGGUGGACUACUUGCUCAUUUCAAUGUUGUAGAAGCAAACAUGAAAUAUAGAAGGCAAGAAGUCAUAGAACUUCUUCAUCCAGGAGAAGCACUUAUGUCAAUAACUAAUUUUCCUAGAUUGGGAGUUUUGGACUUUACCGAUCCACCUACUAAACCAACACCAAAUUCUGGUGCUACAAGAAGCUUAUUUUUUCCUGACGAAGCUAUUUACCAAGGACAUCCACGUUUUAAAUCAUUGACCAGAAAUAUAAGACAGCGCAGAGGAGAAAAAGUAGCUGUAAACAUUCCUAUUUACAAGGAUGAAAAUGUCCCACGGCCAUUUAAAGAAGAUUUAUUUGCACUUGGUGAUGAUGGUUCCAGUACAAAAGCAGCAAAGGAAGAUCAUGUUUACAUGGAUGCAAUGGGUUUGGGUAUGGGUUGUUGCUGCUUACAAGUGACAUUUCAAGCUUGUAAUAUACAGGAAGCAAGAACACUAUAUGAUCAAUUGGCACCUCUCUGUCCAAUUAUGCUAGCUUUGACAGCAGCUAGUCCGUUUUUUCGUGGCUACGUGACGGAUGUCGACUGUCGCUGGAACGUAAUAUCGGGUUUAUCCGACUGUCGCACCGAAGAGGAACGUGGUUUAAAGCCGCUGAAGGAAAAUAAGUUUCGAAUCAAUAAAUCUCGAUACGAUUCUAUUGAUUCUUACCUGAGUGAACAAGGUGACAAGUACAAUGAUGUGCCAUUGAUUUAUGACAAAGAGAUAUACAAUCAAUUGUUAGAUAAUGGAAUCGACAGACUCCUCGCCCAACACGUCGCCCAUUUAUUCAUCAGAGAUUCGGUGUCUUUAUUUUCUGAAAAAAUUCAUCAAAAUGAUUUGGAAGAUACUGAUCACUUUGAGAACAUUCAAUCAACCAAUUGGCAAACAAUGCGUUUCAAACCGCCACCGCCAAAUUCAUCGAUUGGUUGGCGUGUCGAGUUCCGACCUUGUGAAGUUCAAAUUACAGAUUUCGAAAACGCUGCCAUCGUCUGUUUUGUCGUUCUGGUCACCAGAGUCAUACUCAGCUAUAAAUUGAAUCUUCUCAUACCAAUCAGCAAGGUAGAUGAGAACAUGGCAAAAGCUCAGAAGAGAGAUGCUCUAAAAGUUGAAAAAUUCUGGUUUCGCAAUGACAUCACAUCCGAUGCGAAACAAGGCGAUGGUGGUGAACCUGAAUACACGGAAUUCACUGUCAACGAGGUUAUCAACGGGAAGGAUGGCGUAUUUCCUGGCCUGAUACCGCUAGUCAAUUCGUACUUAGCCAGCAUGGAUGUUGAUGCAGAUACUCAUUGUACUGUACAACGAUAUUUGAAGUUGAUUCAGCGGCGAGCAGCUGGAGAAUUAUUAACAACUGCUGCCUGGUUGAGGAAAGAAGUGACCACUCAUCCAGAAUACAAGAAGGACUCUAUAAUCACUGAGAGAAUCAAUUAUGAUCUCUUGAAGAAGAUUCAUAACAUCGAAAUUGGCGAACAAUCCUGUCCUGAUCUAUUGGGACCGUGCACUACGUCCAAGACGACAGAGACGAUACCAGCAGCUGUCGCCAAAGCAGAAAAAUUAUUAACACCUGAUUGUUGAUAAAUGAUAUAUCCGCCAGAGGCGCUUUAGUUCAAUUGUCUAUUCUUAUCAUUAAUAUGGUCAUCGUUAUUGAUUACUCGAAUUAAUUUAAUUAUUUAACCGACUACCUUAACUACCGUAUAUUCUUUUUGAGUGCAAAGGUUACUUAUCGUCGGGUUGCACUUAUUGGUCACAUCGAUUAUGUAGAAUUUAAUGUGGAGUUUAAUAUGUAGCAUUGCGCAUCGCAGGCACGUGUAAACAUAAGAUUUCAUUACAUUGCAUCUAGACUCCGCCAUUCUUGUAUCAUUACGAAUAUCACAAUUCAAUUUCCAAUUUUCUAACUGAUAGAGGAUUAAAAAAAGAAUGUGAUGUAAUAUUUGAUGCAAAAAGACAAUGCUACUGUAAUUUGUCUUCGUUAUUCGCUUCCAAUGGAUAUUAAAUCGGAAUCACUUUUUGUCAUAUUAUUUGUUGUUUUCGUACGGGGAAUAUUAUUUAUAUUAUAGUAUAAAUUAUCCUAAUGUGGCAGCUGGUAUUUCAAGCGAAUGAUGAGGUAAUGGGAGACCUUCGUAUUUUAUUUAUAUUUGUUUCGCGCAUCUUUUACUAUAUGGCAUUUAAGAAAUUUUCGAACAAAUUUGGAUAUUGUGCGACGACUACAGGUUGUGGUACAACGAUACAUUGUACUUUUUGAGAUUCUACCUAAUAUGAUUUUGUAUUGGAGUCCUAGAAGUUCAAAAUAAUGUGAUAACGUUAUAUGGAACAAAACUUAAGUUUCCUUUUCAUCUACUUUACGUUACGUAUUCGGUAAAUUUAUUAGGAUGCUUUAACUACAAAACUGUAAAACAAUUGAAUAUUACUAAUUUUGUUAAAUUAUCGUUACUUGUUAGAAAAUCAUCGUCAUUUGCUGAAAUUUUCUAACUGAGAAUACACCGUGUAAAUUUUAUGUCAAUAUUGAAGAUAGUAUUUAGGUCAUCAGAAUUCUUGAAUUGAAUUAUUUCAUUAUUAUUUUAGUAUGCAAUGUUACAGAUAUAAUGAACAAGUAUUAUUUCGCAUAUGUUAAAUUGUAACGUCCGAACUGUAAUUAUUCCGAAUGUUGUCCCUUUUAUUUGAUGCAACGUAACGUAAAAAGAAACCUAGUCAUUCCACACGCAAUUGGCAAUAGAUAGAAACGAUUAAUGUCCUUUCCCAAGAGAGGAUGAGUGAGAACAGAACCAUUGUGCAAACUGUGACUCCCUCGAAAUUGGUUAUUGUACUUUCUAGUGCCUGGUACGCACAGGGCGGUUGAAACGGAUCGCGCGAUAAAGGAUGUAUGUAUAUUUCCCGCAGAAGAGAACAAUCUUCGACCUAAUCUAUCCUAAAGCGAUUUAAUUCUCAGAUGCCUUGUCGUACUCUUUUAUAUACAUGAUUGUUAUGUUUACGAAUAUUAUUUUGUAUUUAGAUAUAGAACACAUGAGAACUUAAGAAAUAAUCCCAAUAAACGUAAAUAUUUAUAAACGCA